CGCCAACCUUCCUCGCCUUCAUUCAACAACCACCACCCUCUCAAUUCUCAAAAGGCUACCCAUCGAUUUGUCACCCCCCACAAACCAUCAACAUGCGCAGCAAGUUCAAGGACGAACACCCCUUCGAGAAGCGCAAGGCUGAGGCUGAGCGCAUCCGCCAGAAGUACUCUGACCGCAUUCCAGUCAUCUGCGAAAAGGUUGAGAAGAGCGAUAUCGCUACGAUCGACAAGAAAAAGUACCUUGUCCCUGCAGACCUUACGGUCGGCCAGUUCGUCUACGUGAUCCGGAAGCGGAUCAAGCUCUCCCCGGAGAAAGCCAUCUUCAUUUUUGUCGAUGAGGUCCUGCCGCCGACCGCUGCCCUCAUGAGCAGCAUCUAUGAGGAGCACAAGGAUGAGGAUGGGUUCCUCUACAUCACCUACUCGGGCGAAAACACCUUUGGCAAUAUCGAGACCGCCUGAGCCUCAAACCCACAGCAACCUCAUGCUUGCCUUUUUUGGAGACGAUUCACGUCUUGCCUUUUCUUAGAUGCGUUCACGGCGUUUUCGGGUAUCGAUUUGGGAUCGCUCGGAAGGGACGACGGAUUACUGGGGCAAGGACGCGCUUGAUGUAUCAUGCACUGCAUUAUUUGCUGGGUUCCUUUUCAAUCGUUUCUGGGCUUGGGAACAGAGGCAUGAGUUUAAGGGAUCGUCUGGCACCAAGCUCGACAUCGAU